AUGUCUGGCUCCUCAGGCCCACAAGCUCGGCGUGGCCCUUGCCCGUUCGCAUUGCUGCUGUUACUCCUGCUCGGCCCCAGCUCGGUCCUCACCAUCUCCUUCCAUCUGCCCGUUAACUCCCGCAAGUGCCUCCGCGAGGAGAUCCACAAGGACCUGCUGGUGACGGGCGCGUACGAGAUCACCGACCAGUCUGGGGGCGCCGGCGGCCUGCGCACCCAUCUCAAGAUCACAGAUUCUGCUGGCCAUAUUCUGUACUCCAAGGAGGAUGCAACCAAGGGGAAAUUUGCCUUUACCACUGAAGAUUAUGACAUGUUUGAAGUGUGUUUUGAGAGCAAGGGAACAGGGCGGAUACCUGACCAACUCGUGAUCCUAGACAUGAAGCAUGGAGUGGAAGCAAAAAAUUAUGAAGAGAUUGCAAAAGUUGAGAAGCUCAAACCUUUGGAGGUGGAGCUACGACGCCUCGAAGACCUUUCAGAGUCUAUCGUUAAUGAUUUUGCCUACAUGAAGAAGCGAGAAGAAGAGAUGCGCGAUACCAAUGAGUCCACGAACACUCGGGUCCUGUACUUCAGCAUCUUUUCAAUGUUCUGCCUCAUUGGUCUGGCCACCUGGCAGGUCUUCUACCUGCGUCGCUUCUUCAAGGCCAAGAAGUUGAUUGAGUAA